UCUGGAAAGAAAAUUUUUAUAACAGGAGGCUUAGGAUUUAUAGGAAGGCUUAUAAUGGAAAAACUUUURAGAUGUUGUCCAGAAAUAACAACGAUUUAUUUACUGGUUAGGGCAAAGAAAAAAAARGRUCCGAAAACUCGAUUUAAAGAGCUACUGGGUKCUAUUUUUGGUAGCUUGACCGGUGUUUUACGAACGCUGUAUUGUGAUGGAGAUUUARUCUGCUAUAUAAUUCCUGCUGAUUAUGUUGUCGACAACAUUAUUGCUGCAGCAUGGGACAUUGCAGAGAAACGUAGAAGUAAUAAAUAUUUACCUUUAGAUGAAGAUAUUACAGUUUAUAAUGCUGAUUCCKGCGAUCUAAAACCAGUUACUUGGAGUACUAUGAAGAAUUACCUGAGAACUAACGGAUUUAAUCUAUAUUUUAAAUUUGACACAAUAAUGAUUUAUUUUAUAAGAAAUAAUUUUCCGCUAAAAACUUUUACUAUAAAUGCAAUUGCUGCGGUUUGCAGAUGYUGUCCAGAAAUAACAACGAUUUAUUURCUGGUAAGGGCAAAGAAACAGAAGGAUCCGCAGACUCGAUUUAAAGAAUAUUUCAAUGAUGUUAUUUUUGAUAGAUUGAAGAGAGAGCAAAAAGAUGUUAAAAGGAAAAUUAUUUUGAUUGAAGGAGACACGAGUCUAUUAAAUUUAGGAUUGUCAGAGAAGCACCGCGAUCGCAUUAAAGAUACCGAUGUAAUAUUUCAUAGUGCAGCAUCCGUACGUUUUCUGGACAAUAUUCGUCUUAUAGUUAAUACAAAUAAUAGAGGAACAAGGGAUCUUCUCUUGCUUGCACAAGAGAUGACAAGCUUAAAGGCUUUUAUUUAUGUUUCAACAGCUUACUCGCACUGUGUUUACAAUAAAAUCGAARWAMAAWUKUAUAAGCAACCUAUGAAGACAAAAGACAUAAUUAGAUUGACAGAGAUUUUGACSGAAGACCAAUUAGAUUUAAUCACCUCAAUGCUACUGGGUAAGUGGCCUAACACCUACGCAYUUUCAAAUGCAAUCUGUGAAGAUACAGUACGGCAAUAUUCUAAUGGAAUUCCCACUGGCAUUGUUCGGCCAUCUAUUGUUGUCGCAACAGAAAAGGAACCAAUAGCUGGCUGGAUAAACAAUUUGUAUGGAAUUACAGGUGGUGUUGUUGGUAGCGCGACUGGUGUUUUACGAACAGUGUAUUGUGAUAAAGACCUAAUUUGCGAUAUAAUUCCUGCUGAUUACGUUGUCAACAACAUUAUUGCUGCAGCAUGGGAUGUUGCACAMAAAYGAUCCAUAUCACAGAGUGUUAAUCUUUCCAGCAGAGAAAACAAAUACUUMCCUGUUUACGAUGAGAUUUUAGCUUAUAAUUCUGUUUCCUUCGUUCAAAGACCAGUUACCUGGGAUACUAUGAUGAAUAAUAUAAAUUAUACUUCAUGCUCGUUCUCAAGAUUACAUGUAGUUUCGCCUCUGGGCGCUAGAUGUCACAACUUUAGCGUAUCUUGUCAAUUGGCAGCUUGUAUAUUUAACGAAGGUUUUGAUCCAAUACUAAAAAUAAUGCACGUYUUGGAGAUAAAACUUGGCCCUAUCGCAGUCAAUUACGCUAGUAACCGCGACAACACGCGUGUGCGUUCAGCCAAUCGUUUGAGCGGAGAAUCUUUAAAAGAAGCMAGGACA